AUGAAGAGUGAGAUGAAGUCGUUUGAAGAACACAGAACAUGGAAGCUAGUGGACAUGCCACCGAGCAAGAAGGCCGUAGGCUGCAAGUGGGUCUUCAAGAUUAAACGCGAUCCGAGUGGGAAGAUCAUCAAGUUCAAGGCACGCUUGGUUGCGAAAGGGUUCACACAGCGUCCUGGCAUCGACUACAACGAGACCUUUGCACCAGUGGCGCGCAAGGAAUGUAUCAACACAGUGUUGGCGAUCGCUGCAGCUGAAGACCUGGAAGCAGAAAACGUUGAUGUCGACACAGCGUUUCUCGAUGGCGAAGUGGAAGAGGAGAUCUACAUGGACCAACCUGACGGUUUUGAAGAUGAAGGAAGCCCGAAAAAGAAGUGUUUGCUGCAGAAGGCGCUAUACGGGACGAAGCAAGCGGCGCGGCAGUGGAACAACAAGUUGAGUCAGCAAUUGGAUGAUCAAGAGUUCAAGAGCAGUGCAGCGGACCCGUGUGUGUUCGAGAGCUCAAGAGCAGUGCAGCGGACGUGA